AUGUCGGACGCCCCGCAGGAGGAGUACCCCGAGGUGCUCUUGUGCAUCUUGGAGGACCUGGCGGCGGUGAGGCGGUGUUUGAGUUUCCAGGAGCUUUGCCGCUUGGUGAGUUCUCGCUUCGCUCUGGAGCACCUCCUGGAGCUUCGCUCGCUGCUGUUCGACGCCGCCUCACGUGACCCGUGUUUUCCCGCCACGCUGUUCCGAGAGCGCGUCGCCACCAGGGGGCAGCCGUCGCCCAUCGCCGUGGCGGCCGACAUCGUCACCAUCUUCAACCUGAUCCAGAUGACGGGGGGCGGGCCCGAGGCCACGCAGCCAAUCAGGACGCAGACGCCAAUACCGGUCGACCAAUCACCAGGGCCCGCGCUGCCAGGCGUGCUCCAUCUGAGCGCGCUCAGUAGAGAGCGAGUGCGCGCUCACUCUGACUCCGGUGGGCGGGGCCUGGAGCACUUGCCCCUCCCCCGACGCGGUUACUCGGCUCGGAAACGCGGCAGUUUACCCCCGGACCCCCUGUCGGUGCUGCCCUCGUCUCCCCCCGCCAGGGCCCGCGCCGUGUCCUUCGACCUGCCGCACCCGCCGCACCCGCCGCACCCGCCCGGGCACCUGCCGGACCUGCUGCGCCCCGGGGGCAUGAGGAGCCUGUACCUGCCGCUGGAGACGGACAGCGAGUCCAGCGACUCGACUCACGGCGACGUGUUCGAGCCCGAAGCGUCUGUGGGCAAAAAAAGGAAUAUUUUUAAAAGAGACUUUCACAACCAACCGCCCCUGAUCCCCCAGGUGACGGUCCAAAGCGAGUCCCCAAGUCCUGGAGCCAAGACCGGACUUGACAACCACAGCUUUGAGAUGAUCCCCAACCCGUACCCCUCCCCCCAAAACGCCAAACACGCCAAAAACACUAAACACGAGAGUCUGGACGACCUGCAGGACUCCACCUACUUUGGUCCAGGAUCAGCGCCUGAGUCCUGGUCCCCGCGCCACCUGCACCCGCAGCCCCAAAAGUCCCUCUGGAGCACCCGCAGCCACAGUUUGGAGGACCGGAUUGGCACCGGCCCAAAUGCUCCUCUCGACCCCAAAAACAGGUCCAGCCCUGCCCUCCGGAAGCUGUCUCCAGGAGGGGGGUGCGCGGAGGCCGGCGUGCCCAGGGAGGCGGAGGGCUUCAGGGCACAGGCCACUCAGACGGACCCCCCGGACCCCCGGCGCCUCCGCAGCCUGGUGCACGCCGACAGACUCUCUUUUAUGACCUCCUUAGAUGAUCCGGAUCUGUGCGAGGACGACAUUAGUGCCAUCUUCCGGUUUUUGGAUGACAUUAGCAUGUGUGGGUCCACCGGCGUCCUUCACGGGGACGGCGGGCUGAACCAGGACACCCCCGAGGGACGACGCGGGCGCUUGGGUCAGCUCUCGCGCCUCUUUCACUCUUUAGAAAGCAGCGACGAUGGUCUGAAGGCCAGCGUCUGUAAGCUCCUGUUACGCAUGAGCCAAAUCGAGCGGCAGCUGGAGUCGCUCGCAGAAGUGAAGUCGGAGAUCUCCCAGGUGCUCUCGGCUCUGCAGCGUUUGGACGAGAAGAUCCAGCAGCCCCUGCCCGCCGGGCGCCGCCAGGGCAGCAGCUCCAGUCGCUGGUUAGAGCCUCUGAGCGGAGUCAGUUCUUUCAUGAGUCACCCCGUCACCCCAUCGGAAAGCUCUGAACCUCAGCCCCUGUCCGCCUCCGGGCACCUGUACCCGGCCACGAGCAGCAGCAGCCUGGACUGGAGCCGGUGGAACGGUCCCGCCCCCGCCGAAGGAUCUAAGGGUCCAACAGAGAACAAAGACGGUUUAUCUCGACGGGCCUCGAAAAAUGAAGAAAAGGAAAAGGAAAAGGACUGGAGCACAGCGGCCAACGGGAAACUGGGACAGGUGAGUCUGACAGGUGAGGCACUGACAGGUGAGUCUGACAGACCACGAGACGCAAACCGCGAGACGCAAACCGCCAGACGCAAACCUCGAGACGCAAACCGCCAGACGCAAACCGCCAGACGCAAAGACGCAAACCGCGAGACCCAAACCGCGAGACGCAAACCGCGAGACGCAAACCUCGAGACGCAAACCGCCAGACGCAAACCGCCAGACGCAAAAACGCAAACCCUCGAGAACACAAACCGCGAGACACAAACCGCCAGACGCAAACCCGAACCGCAAACCGCGAGACGCAAACCGCCAGACGCAAACCGCGACAGACGCAAACCGCCAGACACAAACCUCGAAACACAAACCGCGAGACACAAACCGCCAGACGCAAACCGCGAGCAAACCGCAAACGCGAAAAACCGAAACAAACCGCGAGACGCAAACCGCCAAACGCAAACCGCCAGACGCAAAACCCCGAAACCACCGCACAAACCGCGAGACCGCCACCAAACCGCCAGCAAACCGAAACACAAACCGCACAAAACCGAGACGCAAACCGCGCAAACCGCAAACGCGCGAAACACAAACCGCAGACGCAAACCGCGAACAAACCGCGAGACCAAACCGCACAAACCGCGAGACCCAAACCGCGAACCCAAACCAAACCGCCAGACACAAACCGCCAGACACAAACCGCCAGACGACACAAACCGCCAGACGUAA